AAGCUGGAGCACCGCCAUCUUUUCUGAGGGCACUCUUCGAUCACAUCGCCCCCCACCUCACCACCGCCUCCUGCCCAGCGGGAACGGCGUAAAAUGCCACCGGCUUCUCACCGCUGCCGUCACGGCGGAGGUCUAGCAAACACUUCCGGUCCGCUCGGUUCCUCCCGUCCUGCGCGGGCAGAGCCAGGGCUGUCCGAGGGAGCUGAAACCAAAAGGGGGCUACCCCCAGCGGGUCUGCGCCGCGGAGGAUGAGCGAGGCCGGGCCCGGGCCGGGGGCGAGGGGCCCCGUGAUCUUCGCCGAUGUGGCCGUGUACUUCUCCCCGGAGGAGUGGGGGCGGCUGCGCCCAGCGCAGAGGGCCCUGUACAGGGACGUCAUGCGGGAGACCUACGGUCACCUGGGCGCGUUGGGAUUUCCAGGUCCCAAACCAGCGCUCAUCUCCUGGAUGGAACAAGAAGCCUGGGACUCCGAUGCCAACUCUCCCGAGGGUGAAUGGGAGAAGACAACAACCUGUGGAGCAGGAGCUAAGAACAAGAAGAGGAAGAUCCCUGAAACUGAGGAAGGACCUGUGAUCAAGAGACUGGAAGAGGAUGGACAGCCCCAAACUAAGACUGGGGAACACAAAGGUCAGCCAGUAGAGCCUCCCACUGCUCCCUGUCGGGGCCGCCCUCCCACAAGGACUGACAAACGCCAUGGCUGCAACAUAUGUGGGAAGCACUUUGCCUGGCGCUCCACACUGGUGGAGCACAUUUACACCCAUACUGGUGAGAAGCCCUUUCGUUGUCUCGACUGUGGGAAAGGCUUCGGCCAGGCCUCUUCACUUAGCAAGCACCGAGCCAUCCACCGGGGAGAACGGCCUCAUCGUUGCCCCGACUGCGGUCGGGCCUUUACUCAGCGCUCAGCCCUUACCACUCACCUCCGUGUCCACACUGGGGAGAAGCCCUACCGGUGUGCUGACUGUGGCCGACACUUCAGCCAGAGUUCAGCCCUGUCACAGCAUCGUCGUGUUCACAGUGGUGAGACACCCUUCCCCUGCAGUGACUGUGGCCGAGCCUUUGCUCACGCCUCAGAUCUACGUCGCCACCAGCGUACCCACACAGGUGAAAAGCCAUUCCCCUGUCCUGACUGUGGACGCUGCUUCAGGCAGAGUUCAGAAAUGGUUGCUCACAGACGAACCCACAGUGGCGAGCGACCCUAUUCCUGCCCUGAGUGUGGGAGGCGAUUCAGUCAGAAGUCAGCUGUAGCCAAACAUCAGUGGAUCCAUCGGCCUGGUGCUGGGGGCAGGAGGGGCCAGUUGGCUGAGGUACUACCUAUGCAACUUGUGUCUGUCCGGGGAGAUUUAGAUCCCCCAGUGGGGUUCCAGCACUAUCCAGAGAUCUUCCAGGAGUGUGGGGAGAAAAACCGAGGUGGAAAGGGUGGGGGCUACUUAAGGAACCCUAAGGACGGCAGGAGGUCUGGGCUCUCCCCAAAGCCCUUUCGCUGGAGCUGGAAGACCCCGCCCCGCGAGCGCCUUCGGGCCAAUCAGGCUCAGCUGGAUGCUCCUCGCGCCUGGGAGCGACAGUUAACGCCCCCAAGAGCUGGAGAGAAAAGGGCGGGGAGAAAAGAAAAUGGGCGGAGCAUAGGAGUCAUGAGACCAAUCGCUGACUCUCUUCUGGAGAAGGAAGGCGGUGCCUCCAGGCCAUCCCGCUCGCUCCGCCCAGGCGGCGGAGCCGUUUCCUUGGCAACGAUCCCGGACUGGAGGGAGGGGCAGGCUCCACGCCGCUCCCGAGCCCCGCUGGAAGGCCAGAGGAGGCGCGUCGCGGAGAUCUCGCCAUCCCCGGAGUCUGGGGGCUGCAGCUCCGGAACCCCGGCGCACGCUUGCACGGACCGAGCGACCAGCGGACGGACAGACAGACAGCCGUCCUCGGCUCUGGGACGGAGCGUCCGGGACGCUAUCCCUACCCCACUCGGCAGCCGCUGCUGUUCCUUCAGCACCUGCUCAGGCUCGCGCCCCGGGCCCGGGGCUUGGUCGGCCCUGCACAGGGUUAACGCCACCGAGUCGCACCUCCGUGGAAUCCUAGAGCGGCAGCGGCGCCAGCCUAGCGAGGAGCUGGCCGAUCACGGACACUUCCUGUGCAGGGGGCGGGGGGAGGGGGCUGGGCAGCCGCAGCCCAGCAAGGGGCUGGGGAGCCGGGCCACCAACACCUGGGUCGCAGGAAGGGUUGUGGCCCGCGGGGCCCCAGGGACCCCCCUCCGAGAGGGAGCUCAGACUUGGGGGGCCAGAGAGGGAAAAUUACUCUUGUUCUUCUCCAGAAGCUUCCCUCGGCUCCUGAUUUCUAAGAUGGAGCAAGAGGCCAGGCCGUGGGGCCUAGAUCCCCAGAGCCCUGAGGAUCCGGAGAGCCCGAGGGGCACCCCCACAGGCAGUGAGUGUGGCAGGCGGAAGAGUGUCAGUGAGAAUGAGGAAGAGAUUCCUCAGCAAGAAGCCUCUGAGAAUGAAGAUGUUGAAGAGAUACCCUUUGGAGUUGAGCCUCAGAGUCCAGGUUUUGAUGAAAUUCCCGAGAUGCCCCCAAGCCCCGAGGAAAAGGAUCCUCUUGAUCUCUCUCUGGAGGAGGAUCCCCUGGACUCCUACACUGAAGGGUACGAGGAUCAACCCCCUAGGGACCUGCCACUGGGGACCACCUUUGAAAUGCCCUCAGGGACCUUGCUCACUGACCCGCGAUUUGAGAUACUUCAGGAGAACCCUCUCACCCUCACUGAGACCAUCCACAGCCAACCUCGGCGAGGUGGGGGCCCUCGAGGGCAAGGUAGGCAGCCCCCACGUCCCAAUAUUUGUGGUAUCUGUGGGAAGAGCUUUGGGCGGGGCUCCACACUGAUUCAACACCAGCGCAUCCACACGGGAGAGAAACCUUACAAGUGUGAAGUAUGUGGCAAAGCCUUCUCCCAGAGCUCCGAUCUCAUUAAGCAUCAGCGCACACAUACUGGUGAGCGGCCUUACAAGUGCCCCCGUUGUGGCAAGGCCUUUGCUGACAGCUCCUACCUGCUCCGCCACCAGCGGACCCACACAGGCCAGAAGCCCUACAAGUGCCCGUACUGCGGCAAGGCCUUUGGCGACAGCUCCUACCUCCUGCGCCAUCAGCGCACCCAUAGCCAUGAGCGACCCUACAGUUGCCCGGAUUGUGGCAAGUGCUACAGCCAGAACUCAUCCCUUCGCAGCCACCAGCGUGUCCACACAGGCCAGAGGCCCUACAGCUGUGGCAUAUGUGGCAAGUCCUUCUCACAGCGAUCAGCCCUCACCCCUCAUGCCCGAAGCCACACCCGAGAAAAACCCUUCAAGUGCCCUGAGUGUGGGAAACGCUUUGGCCAGAGCUCUGUGCUUGCCAUUCAUGCCCGCACCCACCUACCUGGCCGUACCUACAGCUGCCCUGACUGUGGGAAAACCUUUAAUCGCUCAUCCACUCUGAUUCAGCACCAGCGCUCCCACACAGGUGAACGGCCCUAUAAGUGUGCUAUCUGUGGAAAGGGUUUUUGCCGCUCCUCCACCCUCCUGCAGCACCACCGGGUGCAUAGUGGUGAACGGCCCUACAAGUGCGACGACUGUGGCAAGGCCUUCUCACAGAGCUCCGACCUCAUUCGCCACCAACGGACGCAUGCGGCUGGGCGGCGCUGACCGUGGAACCCCAGAAAGCCGGAAGAGGGUCACAUUGGGAAGGGGUGGGGAUAAGCAGCCUAGAGACAUAGGUAGAGUUUUUCUGGGGGGAGGGGGAAGAGAGAAGGGUUAGGGUCAGAUAUUUGGUUUUGGAAAAGGAACAUAAAACCUCCCUUAGAAGCUGGGGUAAAAAAUAACCUCUAUGCUCUAGGAGAGGGAGCUAGGAAAGAAGAAUUGAGUAUUCUUUUGCUGGGAAAAUAUCCCUGAAAAAGUUUUUAAAUAAGGGGCAGGAGCCAACAGCCAAGAGCAGGCCUUCCCUGUGCCCUCUGAAAGUCUUUGGGAGAAUCAGAGAAUAGGCAGAGAGCUGACUGCCUACACACCAGUGCCAUCUGCUGGACUCCUGAAGAUGGCAAGUUGCUAGAUGUAGGGGGAUAGCUCGCUAGGUGGUUAGAUAGAGUGGGAAUUAGCUUAGUGGGGGAGCUCCCAGACCCACUAGGAGUCAGGGAGAGGGUGGGACUGAGGAUGGGGGUGGGGAUCCGGGUAUCUGGAUUGGGCCUGGCCCCAGCAUUCAGUCUGGGGUCUCCUCUGCCCCAUCCUGCUGCAUCAUCCUGAUUCAAUAAAAACCUCAAUAAGAAAA